AUCUCGCGACCGUCUAUCUCCUUGCACAAGGUCAAAUACAUUGGAACUGAAUAUGGCCGCUGCAGUUCAAGCCGUCCUUGGAAAGCAACCGAUAACGAUUCGCUGGGGAGUUAUCGGCGCUGGCUGGAUCUCGGGGUGUUUCGUUAGGGAUAUUGUCCUGGACCCGAAGACGCGCGGCGUAGAAGAUGUCAUCCACACCUUCGCGGCCGUGGGUUCGCGGGACGUUGCCAAAGGGCGCGAAUUUGCGGAGAAGAACGCACCCCACUCUACGGGUGUGAAAGUGUACGGCUCAUAUGAAGAGGUCGCUGCUGACCCGGAGGUGGACGCUAUCUACGUCGGCACACCGCACACGUACCACUACGAGCACUCUAUGAUCUCCCUCAAGGGGGGCAAGCACGUCCUGUGCGAGAAGCCUGUCACGUCUAAUGCCGCCGAGUUCAAAGCACUUGUCGCGUUCGCAAAGGAGAAGAACCUCUUCUUUAUGGAGGCUAUGUGGACACGCUUCCAGCCUGUGGCCGAGUUUGUAAAGCAGAUUGUGGCUGAGGAUAAGCUGGGGCCUGUGCGUUUGGUGACUGCUGACCUUGCGGGCGACUUUAAGCUCGAUCAGAUCCCCAAGACCCACCGUAUCCUCGAUCCCAAGCUUGGCGGUGGUGCACUUCUUGAUCUCGGCCCGUAUCCCUUCGUAUGGCUCAUCAUCUCCCUCUUUGAGUAUCCCAAGAACCAGAACCGCCGCCCCACCUCCAUCACUGGUGCGAUGAUGAAGACUCCUCUAACCGGGGUGGACCAGAACACAGUCAUUGUGCUCGACUUUGACCAUAUCCCCGCACAGGCCAUCCUGUCGUGCAGCAUCAACCUGCCCUCAUCUGUGCCCGCGGUACACAUCCGCUGUGCGAACGGGACGAUCAGCAUCGAUCCUCCGAUCUAUAAGCCUUCGACUGUUGUCGUCCAGGAGUUUGCACCUGGCACCUCCAACGUCAUCCGCGAGGAGAAGCGGGUGUUCAAGUUCGAGGGCGGUGGAUGGCACUUCCAGGCGGAUGAGGUCGCCCGCUGCAUCAGGGAUGGUAAGAUUUCCAGCGACGUCUGGACUCUCGAGAAGACGCUGUUUGAGAUGGAAGUGUUCGACGAGGUUCGCAAGCAGGGCAAAUACACCUUCCCGCCCGGCGUGGAGAAGGUCACAAGCUUCCCAUAAGUAAUCCAUCCAAUCGACUGGGGUUGUAAUUCCGUACAGUUGCAUACAGGUGAAAAUAAGCAGGCAUGAUUAAGUCUACAAUGAGAUCAUACAUAGGGUCCUGGGAGUCGACAGAGUCACAGUCACAGAUGAAACUCGGGCUUCUUUGUGUUGAUACCAUACUCUGCCAAUGCAGCACUAAGGUCGUCCAUAGUGAGGACGGUGCGUGUGCGAUCGUUCCUGGCUGAUGUGCCCGCAAAGCUUGCUUUCAACCGACUUGGGGCAGCAUUUGUCCGUAUACGUGCAUGCUGAAAGGCAUCUGAAGCGAUGUCUGCGAUGAAUUUUUGUGCAGCGAGAGAUAUCAACCGCUUUAAUCGAACAUCGUGGCACUCGAAGCCGACUUGCUGCAGGUAGUAAUCAGUAAUUUCGGCUGGAAUGAGUGGCUCAUAUUCAUCUAGCAUGAGCAUGAACUCGGCGAGCGUACGGUCCUUCCUCGCCAGCUCUUCUUCCCUC